UUAUCUUUUCCCAUCUGACAUAACGAACCUCCCGCAUAUAUGCGAAGUUGAUGUCUCCCUGAAUACCGGGCAAUCGAAAGCUUCGCGAUAUUCUCUUUCGCAUAUUACAAGUCAGCUGAGCUGGCUGGCGAGGGGACUGGGAGGUUCGACGGACACGCGGGGCGUAUGUACAACGAAAUCCGGUUAGCCAAAUAAACGAAGGAAGAAUUGUCCGACGAAAAGGGAUUCGUUCAUUCAAUUAAAAGCAAAGGUCAUCCCAAACCCAGCUCAGCUUAGCCUUAAAAGCAAGUCACGCCGAAGGCGCCGCAGGACGGGUACAAAACGCAGGGAAGAGAAGGGGACUGCACGAUGUCUCGCACCAGCAAUAGCCCCAAGACAUCGUCCUCAGACGCGGCUGGUACCACGACGACGCCCAUCGGAUUCGACAACGAUGAAGCUAAUCGGAGGGCCCGCGACGAGUACGCUCUUAAUCCCAUCGGCACCGACUCCUCCGGCAAGUCCUCCCGCAUCAAGCCCGGUCACCUACGCCUGGGCUCAAACUCGACGGACGGCGAAGGCGACGACGAAGCUGUUGCUGCGGGUCAGCCGCGCGACACGGAUACCUCUUCGGUCGGGAUCGAGAAUGACAAUAGCGUCACGUACAAAGUUUACAAGCGCCGGUGGAUCGGCCUCGUACAGCUAACCCUGCUCAAUAUCAUCGUCAGUUGGGAUUGGCUGACCUUUUCUCCCGUCUCCCAAGAUGCGGCCAUUUAUUACAGCACUACCGAGUCCGCCAUCAACUGGUUAUCGACAGCCUUCCUGUUCUCUUUCUGCGUCAUCUCCCCUGUAACCAUCUACUGCCUGCACUGGGGUCCAAGGCCGUCUAUUCUCGCGGCGGCGGCGCUAAUCCUCAUUGGCAACUGGAUCCGCUUCGCCGGAUCUUACUCCCGCGAUGGAGGGAGGUACGGUGUCGUUAUGUUUGGCCAGAUUCUGACAGGGUUAGCCCAGCCGUUCGUACUUAGUGCCCCCACAAGGUACUCCGAUAUGUGGUUCACGGAUAGAGGCCGUGUUGGUGCCACCGCUCUGGCUAGUUUGGCAAAUCCGUUCGGCGCCGCUCUCGGGCAGCUCAUCGUGCCGUUCAUGGUUACCGGACCGGGAGAUAUUUCCAAUGCCGUGCUUUACGUCGCUAUCAUCUCUUCCGUAGCCACAGUCCCAUCCAUCUUCAUCCCGGCAAAGCCUCCCACCCCUCCGGGCCCGUGGUGCUCCACGCCCAAGGCCUCCCUCCGAUCAUCUGCGCAGCUCCUAAAGUCCCCCGAGAUCUGGCAGGUCCUGAUCCCGUACGCUAUCUACGUGGGGUUCUUCAACAGCAUCUCGACGCUGCUCAACCAGAUCAUGAUGCCGUACGGGUUCUCGUCGGACGACGCGGGCAUCGCGGGCGCCUUGCUCAUCGUUGUCGGGCUCGUCGCCGCCGCCGUGUCCAGCCCCAUCCUCGACCGCACCAAGGCCUUCCUCCUCGCCAUCAAGGUCGCCGUUCCGCUCAUCGCCCUGUCCUACCUCGCCUUCGUCUGGAUGCCCGGCACCCGCAGCCUCGCCGGCCCCUACGUCGUGCUCUCCGUCCUCGGCGCGUCCAGCUUCUCCCUCCUGCCCGUCGCCCUCGAGUUCCUGUGCGAGCUCGGACACCCCAUGAGCCCCGAGGUCACGUCCACGAUCGCCUGGGCCGGCGGCCAGCUGCUCGGCGGUCUGUUUAUUAUCAUCAGCGACGCCCUCAAGGCUGGACCCGAGGCCGAUCCGCCGUUCCACAUGUCCAACGCGCUCGUCUUCACGGCUGUUAUCUCUUUGGUCUCGGUGAUUCCGGUCUUGGCCCUGGGCAUGUUCGGGCGCAAAGAUAAGUUGGCUAUUAGGCGCAUGGGCAGCGGGAGUAGCGGGAGCAGCAGUAGCACCCAAACUCCUCCGAACGGGAGUCCGGCGUGAUAUGGGAACGAUGGUGAAGGGUUUUUAUGAAGGGAUGGGAUACACGGGUGGAUAGGUGGUAGGGUAGCUAAGUGGAAUAGGUCGGCUUUAUGACUGGUUGGCACGUUUAUGUGAAUCUAGGAAAGGGGCGGAUGGGCGGAUAAUGGACAAGGAAGAGAAACGACAAGGCUCGGAUGAGAUUCUAUUCUGUUCAUAUUAUCUUAUUCAUGUACCUUUAGGUAGGUACAUGGGAUUUUGUCUUUGUCUGCCCAAGCUUCAGCCUGAGCCUCGGCACACUAACAUAGGUUAGAUGCUUCAUGUUCCCAGGCUGUUUCACCAGGCGAGCCAGUCGGUCGGUUAAUCAGUCAGUUGGGGGUUUCGUUUAUUCGCAGGGAGCGAUGAAUGAACACGGGAACGAGAGAGACGGGGGCGAUGCCCUAUGUUUUUUUCAGGUUUUUUUUGUUGGUUUAUUAUUUAUUACUGCUGCUGCUGCUGCUAACUUACUAGUAGCAGUAGUAGUACUAGUCGUAUGUCAUUAUUACCUAACUUUAUGUAACUAUACCCAUCCGUAGUGCGAAUUUGCUCUCGCUCAUUCAGAUAUUGGAGUUA